AUGCGUCCGCAAAUGAUUCCCCUGCACUACUUCGACAACACUCACCUGCUACGGAGGAGCAUGGUCAUGUGCUUGACGCUGAAAUUUGACGAUGAUCUCGAUGCGGAUAUGCUUCGAGACUCCCUGAUCAGGUUGAUAAAAAACGACCGCUGGAGAAAGAUAGGUGGCCACUUACAUCGAGGCAAUCGUCCAUUCCUCCAUGUUUUCCUUGUGAGCGAAAUCUCGAAGGGCGAAUCAGUGGUAGAGUUUAGCAAGGUCCACAUUGAUAUGUCCACGAGAGGUCAUCCGCUAGCAUCGAAUCUGCAUCAAUCAACAUGUUAUCCGUCUGCACAGUCCGGCGUCGAACAGUAUCGGUAUCUCUCUGGUCCCGCCCAUCGUCCAACAUCUUUCGGAGACUAUCUCAAUCGAAAUCUUCCUCAGAUAUCCCUUCAUGUGGUUAGAUUUACCGAUGGGACACUAGUGUCACUCACCUGGCCUCAUACAAUGAGCGAUGUAUCUGGGUGGGCGGAGAUCUUUAGAGCGUGGUCAGCAGUAUUAGCUGGUAAACGCCGUCAGGUCCCAAAUUUGGCAGGAUUUGAUGCUGAUUUCCUAGAAUACUUUGGUACGAGCUCAGGUGUCCCACGCUUGCUGAUCGAACCCGCUGGAAGACAGCGCGCAUACAUUCAGAAUGCCACUUUCCCCUACGUGGCUCAAAUGCCUCCCAAGGAUAUAGCCGGGAAGUGGUUCGGACAAACUGCAACUGCCAUUCGAAAGGCCUACAAAAUCUUAGGAGACUCGGAGCAACUAAUGACUACUGCGAACCUUUUGCAGACGCCAAACGUCCGGAGUAGGUUUCCUGUCCUAGGAGAUCGAGCCGGCCAUCAUAUCUUUUUCGUUAACUGGGCAAGCGCUAGGCUUCAGUCAGCUAUUGAUUUCAGAGCAGCCGUAACUCAUCCAACAAACACGACAGAAGCAAAGGCGAAAUCAGGGACCAUGGAUCAUAAUAUGCGCAACAAAAAGGGUGUCGGUAAACCUAGCUAUUUCCAUUCGGACAUUCUGAACAAGAGCGAUCUCCAUGGAUAA